GCUCGCCCUCGCCCCGCCUCGCGACAAAGCCGUGAUCGAGCGCGGCCAGCCUCACCUCGACCGAGGCGUGCACGCCCAUGUUCUCGAACAGCGGCGCGGGCGACGGUGGGCCUCCCGUCGGCGGGCCUCACGCUCGAGCGCACCCUGUCGGCCCUCUUCCCACGCACCCGCACCGCGCGACGUACGGCCAGCAGCCGCAGCAGCAGUACCCGCAGUACGCCCCAGGCCCGCCGCAGGGCUACGCGGUGCAGCAGGCGGCGCCGCACCAGCAGCAGGUGCGCGCCAUGCCGGGGCAGCACCCGUCGGGCCCGCCGGGUUCGUACGCGCACGGUCCCGGCGCCUCGCCGACCGUGUACGGCGACGAGAACUACGGCGCUGGGUACGACGUCGAGGCGCGGCACGGGCCGGUGAGCCAGUACGCCGCGCCGUCGCCGCACAUGGUUGCGCGCGGUCGGGCGCCGCAGCCCACGCCGCGACAGCAGCCGCCGCCGCUGCAGCAGCAGCAGCAGCAGCAGCACUUCCUCGCGCCCGGGCAGGCGUCGUACGGCGCGCACGCCCCGCCGCCCGACCGCUCGCCCGCACCGCCUGCCGCGUCCCUCCCUCUCUACGUUCAGCAGAGCCCGACCACCUACGCCCCUGCUCCUCCUCGACCGCUCUCAUCGUCCCACUACCCUCAUCCGCACGCGGGACCGAGCCCGCACCUACGGCCGCAGCAGGCCCCGGCGCCGUCGCACGCCGCACUCGGCCACGGUCCUUCUCCCCAUCCUCCUCCUCAGCACCCUCGUUCCGCCCAGGCCGCCCCGCGCGUCUACCAGCAGCACCAGGCGUCGUCCCCCCACCCCUCAACCCAGCUGCCGUCGCCCAUGUCCGCCUACCCUCCCCAGCAGCAUCCGCAGCAGCAGGCCCGACGGCCGUCCUUCGUCCACACCGCCUCCCAGCCCAGCCCGUCGCUCCGCGCCGCCGUGCCUCCGCCCAACACGCACGCCGCCGCACAAGCGCACGCGCAGGCCCAGGCGCAAGCCGACGCGCGCGCCCAAGCGCAGGCCCAAGCGCACGUCAACGCGCACGCCGAGCGCGCCCGGGUCGCGCGCGCCGCGCGGCUCGCCGACGCCGACGCGCAGGCGCAGGCGCAGGCGCAGGCGCAGGCGCAGGCGCAGGCGCAGGUGCGACGUGCGCGUGAGGCGGCCGAGGCGGACGAGGCGGACGUCGUGCCGGCGUCGAGGCCGCUGAGGACGACCGGGAACGGGUACGUCGUUGCGCCGGUGCAGGCGGUGGGCGGUGGGGGAGCGCAGGCGUACGCGCAGGUGCAGGCGGUGCCGCAGGGGCAAGGGCAGGCGCAGGCGCAGGUGCCGAGGGUUGAGGUCGAUGCGCUGUUGCUCGAGGACGACACGGAGCAGCGCACGCAGUUCCACGCCUACCUCCUCGACUACCUGCAGAAGGCGGGCUUCAUCUCGACCGCCGCAGCCCUCCUCGCCGACGUGCCCAGCAUCCCGACUCAGCCCCUCUCGACCGGCCGCUCAUUCGCCGUGCCCUCGACCACCCCGUCCUCGUCUCAGCCUCGCUCUGCCGCGUCCACCUCGUUCCCCCGCGACGCGCACGACCCCAACACGCCGUUCUCGACGUCGCCCUCGGCGCUCUCGCCCGCGCCGUCCGGCUCGGGUCCGCCGCCGCCGCCGCCGCGAGGACGAGGCGACCGCAACCCGUCGCCGCAGCGUCGCCGCGACGGGUCGCCAGGGUCGCCGGCGUCGUCCCAGGGCGGCGACGAUGGGUACGGCGGCAAGAACAACGCCGACACGGUCGAGAGCACGGCGAGCGCGGCGAGCACGACGAGCCACUUUGGCUUCGACGCCCUCGACCCGGGCCACGGCGGCGGCGGCGGCGGCGGGAGCAGUGGCGGCGCGUCCGCGAGCCCCGCCAAAGACGGCGCGCGUAGCCCGUCCAAGCGGCUCGUCGCGCCGCCCUCGCGCAAUGUCUCGGCGUCGUCAUCAACCGGCGCCGCGGACUCGCAGCAGCCGCACUCGCAGCCUGACCGCGUGCGCCGCAUCCCGGCUGCCCAGGUCCAGAUCGACGCGCCGACGGGCUUCCUCUUCGAGUGGUGGUCCGUCUUCUGGGACGUGUUUCGGGCACAGGCCGCCGCGCGACGGCCCGGCGCCGUCGACAAUGGCGCCAACGCGCGCAGCUUUUGCCAGGCGAGCUCGGCCGCCGUCGACGCCGCCAUGCUGCGCCGCUCGAGCGCCCUGCGACCGGGUCCGACACUCGGCGCGCCCGGUGCCGCCGCCGUCGCCACCUCGUCGCCGGCGUUCGGCCUAGGGCGCAUGCCGCCCAACAUGCAGGCGCAGCACCAGGGCCCGCCGCCGCCUCUGCCGCUUGUCGCGCCCGUCGGUGCGGGGCCGGCGGCAGGCCUCGGAGGGCGUCAGCCCAUCCCGUUGCGCACUGCGCCGCUCGGUGGGCGGCAGACGGUCGUGCAGCAGCCGCAGGCGUCGAUGUCUCAGCCGCAGGCGGCGCAGCAGCCGUCGCCCGCCCAGCAGCAGCAGCAGCACGGCGCCGGCGCCGGCGCGGCAUCGGCGCGCCCGUCGAGUCGAGCUUCAGGGCGACGAGGUGCUGUUCUACCCGACGCACUCGCCGACGAGGCGCUACCGCCGCCCGGACCUCCUGACGACGUCCGCCGCCCGUCGUCGUCGUCGGGCCCUCAAGCCGCUCAGCUCGCCAAACAGCGCCGCGACGAGCAGCAGGCCGAGAUCGACAUGCGCAUGGCGCAGGCGAGGGUGCACGCGCAGCAGAUCACGAGUCGGCAGCGCACGCAGAGCGGCGCGAGCCCGAGCGUGGCGGGAGGGACGCCCGAGUCGUUGGCGGCGGCGGCGGCGAGCCCUGGCCUUGCUCAACCUACACCUCCUUCGUCCGCCUUCUCGCCCGGCGCCCUCAACUACAACCCGAACCAGCUCCAGCAGACUAUCGAGGCGCGCAAGACGUACCGCGCCCAGCUCCUCCUCAGCCAGCAGACGCAGCUCGAGCAGGCCAAGCGCAGCGCGACCGCCCUCCCGCGCAGCACGUCGGCGUCCGCCGUCGCCGCCGCCGCCGCCGCCGCCGCGUCGGUCCCGACCCCGAGCGCGACGCCCCAGGCGCACGAGGGCGAGGGCUCGAUGCCGCCGCCGACCCGCACCCUGUCGCUCAACAGCACGCCGGUCGUCAAGGAGCUCGCGCUCGGCCCGUCGCCGAGCGGAGCAGGCGCAGCGGGCGCGCCGCCUGACGCAGAUGCGCCACCUGUGAGCGCCACGGCCAAGCGGCGACGCGAGUCGCUCGAGGUGUCGGUCAGCGAGGCGAGGGAGACCAAGAAGCGUUCGACAAAAGUCGACGGCGGCGGCGAUGCUCGCGCCGCGACCCGCAGCGACGCGCUCGAACCCGAGAGCGCCGUCGAGGCGAGGGCCGACCUUGUCUUGGUCCACGACUUUGCCAUGCUCCCCUCGUCGUCCAAGGAGGCGGCGCCAGUCGUUUCGGCAGACGAGCUCGUCAUCGUCGACUCGAGCGCGGCGCUUGAUGUCGGCAGCGCCGCCGGGUUCGACGCCAAGGAGCUCUUGUUCGACCCAUCGACCCGGCCUGUCGACGAUUUGGCGGGCCAAUUCUCGCUCGAGCAGCUCGACGCCCUCUUGUCCUCGACCGUCCACUCGGCCGGUCCUCCCUUCCCGACCGACGACGUUCCUGUCCUCGACGUCGCCCCGUUCGACUACGAGGAGUUCAUGAUCUCGUUUGGCAACGAGGGGCCGGCGUCGUACGACCCGACGCAGGGCUUUGACCUUGCCGUCUGAGCCGACCUCGCCGCCCUCCCGCCGCAUUCGUGCUCUCUCUCUCCCUCCCCGCCGUCCUUCCUGUCUCAUUUCGUCUCGAGCAUCUUCCUCUCUCCCUCUCUCUUUCGCAACUAGCAUCCUCUUUCCUGCCCUCCUAUCUGCCGCCCUCUCGUUCCGCAACGAUCCUUCUCACUCGCGCUGCCACCUUCGUCAGUACCCCCCGCCUUUGCCUUAGUAACGUGUCACAUGCUCGUUCUCGAUCUC